AUGGCUGCGGAUAUGGGCACCAUUGCCCAACUACUCGAUGCGACCCUCGAUCCCUCUCAGCACAAGAAGGCCGAAAGCGCCCUCAAGCAAGAGCAGGUCAAGCCGCAAUACUCCAUCCAGCUUCUCAAUAUUGUCGCCUCCGAGGCGCUACCUCCUAAGACCCGUCUCGCCGCCUCGCUGGCCUUCAAGAACUUUAUCCGGAACAACUAUGUUAACGCCGAGGGAGACUACAAGCUGCCUGCCGACGAGGUGAAGACCAUCAAACAGCAGCUUAUUGGCCUGAUGAUUGCUUGCCCUCCUUCCAUUCAGUCACAGCUCGGCGAGACCAUCAGCAUCAUCGCCGACUCAGACUUCUGGCAGCGUUGGGACACGCUGACCCAGGAGCUCGUUGACCGCUUCUCCAACACCGACCCCAAGGUCAAUAUUGGUGUCCUCGAAGUCGCACACUCCAUCUUUGCCCCGCUGGCGACCGCUCUUCGGACCGACGAUUUGUAUACCGAAAUCAACCAUGAUGAUGAGGGCAGUAUCGUCGACACGGUCAAGGCCGACAUUUGCGAAGUCCUGCAGCUCUACGUUAUCAAGUACGACGACGACUUUGCCAACUACACCCAGCCCUUCAUCACGAGCGCGUGGAACCUCCUCUCGACCACUGGUCUUGAGACCAAGUACGACCAGAUCGUCAGCAAGGCGUUGCACUUCCUCACCGCCGUUGCCGGUACGACAAAACACUCGUCCAUGUUUGCGAGCGAGGAUGUUUUGGGCCAGGUUGUCGAGAAGGUCAUCCUGCCCAACGUUGCCUUGCGUGAGUCGGACAUGGAAAUGUUCGAGGACGAGCCCAUCGAGUUCAUCCGCAGGGAUUUGGAGGGUUCCGAUACCGACUCGAGGCGUCGCGCCGCCACCGACUUCCUGCGCAAGCUGCAGGAGAGGUUUGAGCAGCUCGUGACUGGUGUUGUUAGCAAGUACAUCAACCACUACCUUACGCAGGGAAAGUCGGACUGGAAGGCCAAGGAUACGGCCGUCUACCUCUUCAUCUCGAUUGCGUCCAAGGGCGCCGGCACGGCGGCCCAGGGGUGUCAAGACUGUCAACCCCCUAGUAACGUUGUCGACUUCUUCGAGCAGCUACAUCGCCGCCGACCUGACGAGACCAGCGGGAGCCCAUUGCCAAAGGUCGAUGCCAUCAAGUACCUCCACACCUUCCGCAGCCAGUUCAACAAGGACCAGUGGAAGGUCGCCUUUAACCCUCUCAUCCAGAAUCUGGCGUCCGACAACUACGUCGUCUACACAUAUGCAGCCAUUGCUGUGGAGCGCGUGCUGUUUUUAACGGAGGACUCUGGGAAGCAGGUGUUCCCGAGAGAGGACAUUGAGCCUUUCGCCAAGGAUCUCCUGGACCACCUCUUCAAACUCAUCGAGAAGGAGACGGCGGCGCCCAAGCUUCAAGAGAACGAGUUCCUGAUGCGCUGCGUCAUGCGUCUGCUCAUCGUGAUCAAGGACGGCGCUGCGCCCGUAGCUGAGCGCGUCCUGAAGCACCUCAUCCUCAUCACCAACAUCAUCAAGACCAACCCCAGCAACCCCCGCUUCUACUACUACCACUUCGAGGCUCUUGGUGCCCUCGUCAGGUACUGUGCCUCCACGAAUGCUGGCCUCUUCAACCAGCAGCUGUGGGAGCCGUUCCACCAGAUCCUUGUCGAGGAUGUCACGGAGUUCCAGCAGUACGUCUUCCAGAUCCUGGCACAACUGCUCGAGGUCAGCCCAGCAGACGCCAUUUCGGAGAACUACAAGGCUUUCCUGGCACCCCUGCUCGCGCCUGGCAUUUGGGACACAAAGGGUAACGUUCCUGCUUGUACGAGAUUGCUUUCGGCCAUCAUCCCGGCGACGAAGUCUUAUAUCGUCUCCGAGAACCUUCUGGAGCAAGUUCUGGGUAUCUACCAGCGUCUCCUGAGCACCAAGAAGUUCCAGCUGUACGGCUUUGACGUGAUUGAGUCUGUCGUCAAGACGUUCGAGCCGAACGCGCUGAACCAAUACUUUGGUCACAUUCUGCAGCUCAUGUACUCCAAGCUCGAGGGCCAGCCUGCCGAGUCUCUCAAGCUGCGUUUUGUCCGGUUCUACCACUUGGUCUCGGCGCGGCAAGAGGCGGGCUUCGGCGCCGACUAUGUGGUCCAGCACACGAAUCAGCUGGCGCAAGGACUCUUUGCUAACGUGUACCCCACUUUCAUCCUCGCCGACACGGAGAAGCUGGCCAACCCUGUCGACCAGUUCAAGAAGGGCUGGGCGCGGUCCGUCGGUCUCCUGCUGACGCUCCUGGUCAACCCGCCCGUGGUGACAAGCGGUGUCGGCGACGAGUUCAUCGCCGAGGCCGACGUUGACGACAUUGGUUUCGGCCUGUCCUACACAGCGCUCAACACGUGCCGUCCGAUCACGCGCGACGACUACCCAGAGGUGACGGCCGUGGCGCCCUGGGUCAGCGCGUACAUUAACUCAGCGAACAACACGCACGGCGGGCAGAUCUCGAACUACAUCGCCGAGAGGCUGACGCCCGAGCAGCAGGAGGCCCUGCGUCAGCUUCUGAUGUAG